AUGGCUGAGAGGCCUCCAGGAACCUUUCCUAGUAAUACAAUUAUUAAUCCCAAGGAACAAUGUAAUGCCAUCAUUACAAGGGAAAGUGUGGAAAUACCAAUAGCUGCACCGAGUAGUGAAAAAGAUGCAGAGAAGGAAAAUCCUGCUGAAGAAAAAGUUGAUGAUCAUGUCAUAAUUAUUGGAGGACCAUUAAAUGACACCCCACGUAAAAAAAUAAUAAAGAAGCCUUCUUUAGAAGAAAGAAUGAAAGCGUUGGGGGAUAACCCGUAUGUUAAGGCUCCUUAUCCUCAGAGGUUACAGCAGAGCGAACAGAAGAAAAACUUCUCUAAGUUCUUAGAGAUUUUUAAGAAGCUGCACAUCAAUAUCCCUUUUGCGGAAGCUUUAGAGCAAAUGCCAUCAUAUGCUAAGUUUCUAAAAGAGAUCCUAACCAAGAAGCGGAAGCUCACAGUAGAAGGAUCCACUAUUUUGACAGAGGAGUGUGGUGCAAUCACACAGAAGAAUUUACCUCCGAAAUUAAAGGAUCCAGGGAGUUUUAGUAUCCCUUGCACGAUUGGCUCGAUGACAAUAGAGAGAGUUUUAUGUGAUUUAGGUGCUAGCAUCAACGUAAUGCCAUUAUCUAUGAUGAAAAAGCUGGGAAUCACAGAAGUGAAGCCGAUCAAUAUGAUUCUGCAACUAGCUGACCGCUCCACCAAGCAAGCAUAUGGAGUAAUAGAGGACAUACUUGUUAAGGUGGACAAGUUCAUCUUCCCGAUGGACUUUGUUAUCUUGGAUAUAGAGGAGGACACUACUGUUCCCAUGAUCUUUGGGAGACCUUUCUUAGCAACCUCCGGAGCACUAAUUGAUGUGCCUAAAGGUGAAUUGAUCUUAAGGGUGGAAGGAGAAAGGGCUAUUCUUAGAAUUGAUGACUCUGGUGAUGUACAGAUUUUAUUUUCUCACUCUGUUAUGAGCAUGAUUGCUACUACUGACUUUAUCUGA